AUGUCUAUUUUCAAGUAUCAGUUUCAACUGUGUAUUGGUAAAGGAAACUUUGGCGACGUUUACAAAGCAACAGAAGUGUCAUCAAAAGCUUUGGUGGCUGUGAAGGUGAUAAAUCUCGACGAAACUAAUGAAGACAUUCAAGUUCUUAUCCAAGAAAUACAAUUUCUCUCAAGAUUGCAUUCUCCAUACAUCACAAAAUAUAUCGAGACUUUUAUUAGUGACAUGUCUAUGUUCAUUGUCAUGGAGUACUGUGGUGGUGGUUCUUGUGCUGAUUUAUUGAAAUUUUGCAAGAAACUACCGGAGGACGUGGUAGCUUAUAUUAUUCGAGAUGUCUUGAGAGGGCUAAACUAUUUACAUCAGGAAAAGAAAGUUCACAGAGAUAUUAAAUCUGCUAAUAUUUUACUAACGGAAAAGGGAGAGAUCAAGCUUGCCGAUUUUGGUGUAAGUGGGGAGAUAACGAUGACACAAUUGAAGCGGAACACAUUUGUAGGGACACCUUUCUGGAUGGCACCAGAGGUUAUCACUAGAAGAAAGAGCGGCGGAUACAACGAGAAAGCCGAUAUUUGGUCGACCGGUAUAACGACUAUUGAAUUAGUGACCGGUUCACCUCCGUUAUCCCAAUAUGAUCCUAUGAAAAUUCUAUUUGAGAUUCCAAAGAACAAGCCUCCUAUAUUGACGGGCUACGAUUUCAGUGAAAACAUUAAGGAUUUCGUCAAAUAUUGCUUACUUAAAGACCCUAGAAAGAGACCAAGCUCUGCGAAAUUGUUACAUCAUCGAUUCAUCACCAGUGUUAAAUCAAGUAUAAACUUGGCUAAAAUAAUAUCGCAGAAAAAUGAGUGGUUUGAAUUGCAUAACAAGGCAUCUAAGAAGCCGAGACAUGACAUAUUUUCAAAGCCAGAUAAGACGAACUCCAUAAAAUGGGACUUCAAUACGUUUAAGUCAUUUCAUAGCUCAAAAAUGCAGCAAACUCUUGUCAAUUUGUACAAAGAUGUUUCUCCAUAUUUUGACGAAAAUUCCAACGAGAGCUUAGGAUCCCCAUUAUCAGAUAGCUCUCCCAAUCCAAUGGCAGAUGAUUCCCAAGUCGCAUUAAAGUCAAUUGCAAACUCUCCCAUGUCAUCACCUUUGGACCCAUACGUCGACUUAGAGGGAAGAAAAUCCAUCAAACCAUACCAUCAAAAAGCGCACCAACAAAAUACUCCCCAUCCUCAAGUUACUGCUAAAGGAACCCUUGAGGAAUCUCCUGGAAGUCCUGGAAAUAGAUCAGUGCAUCCCUCAAAUGGCCACCGCGUAUCUAAAGGAGAGAUCCUUUUCUACUGUCUCGAGCAGGUUUAUAUUAGAGGAAGAAGCGAUACUACGAAGCGCACGGUCCACAGCUUGAUCAAUAAUCUUCUAGAGUAUGAAAUGAAUCAACCAGGGUUGAGUGAAGCUAUCGUUGAGGAAGUACUUCAGUUCGGAAGUCCCCAUGUAUGA